UAUAUAUUCCACACACUCUUCCCAAUAUCGAACCUUCUGUUCCUCACUUCUCUCUCUCUCUCUCUCUCUCUCUCCGACAUCAACAUAUUUUUCUCCGAUGGGUUUUCCGGUGGGUUACGCGGAGGUCUUCUUCCCCAACCCCUUCCUCCACACACUGGCCUUCCUCGGCCUCCUCCGAAACCUCGUCUUCUUUCUCUUCCACCUCCUCGGACUCUCCGACUUCCUCGAAACCGAGGUCGCAUGGCCGGACCCCCGCAUCCCCGCCACCACCGCCGCCGCCUCCAGACCUCCCUCCGUGUCGGCGCUACUCAUCAGGGACAUCCUCCCCGUCGCCAAGUUUGGAGAGUCUGGGGAAAACUCCUGCGCCUGCGCCUGCGCCGUCUGUCUGUUCGAGUUCUCCGAGGAGGAGGAGAUUCGGCGCAUGCGGAACUGCAAACACAUUUUCCACCGCGCCUGCGUGGACCGUUGGAUCGAUCACGAUCAAAAAACAUGCCCUCUCUGUAGGACCCCCUUUGUGCCUGAUGACAUGCUUGAUGAUUAUAAUCAACGCCUCUGGGCUGCUUCUGGAAUCAACGAGUUCUACUCCGAUUACACUUCUUCUUUCUGAUUUCCAAUUUCUUCAACUUCUCUCUCUCUAUUUCUAUAUAAUCAAUCAUGAAAGUGAAUUGUACAUAACAAAGUAAAAAAUAAAAGAAAAUUUUGAACAAUUGCAUAAUGCAAUGGAUACAUACACUUUUCACUUAGCAUAAUAAUUAUCAUUAAUUAUUAAUUAUUAGUGGUGUUACGGCAAUUUCAUCCACUACUAUGGUGGCGGCUCUCGUUUAUUAUUGAAUAUCAUUUCUGUACCAUGGAUGUAGUAAAGGAUUAAAUUAUUGUUUUAAUUAUAUUAUUAUUAUGAUCUACUGUCA